ACUUAGCUUUUCAAGAGAUGACAACUUUUGAAUUUUAAAUCGGAAAAAUAUUGGCAUUUACUAAAUUGUAAUGCCAAUUUAAAAAAUUUUUGUAGUAAACCAUUUUUAAUAUGUUUUUAGAAAAAACAGUGGCAAGUUGCGCUUAGGGGACCAUAUUUUUUAGAUUUCUCACCAUCAUGUUCAAGCGGAGUUGCACCCUUUUGGAGAGCAUGCCCAAGGUCGAGGUGGCCAAAUGGUUGGCCAAGAUAGACACCGUCGUCUUUGGAACUGAUGAUGUACUAUGGAAAGGAAAUGAGCCCGUUGACCACGCCGUUGAAGCCUUCAACUUGAUGAAGAUGAAGGGGAAGCGAACUUUGAUAGUCUCCAACAAUACCAUCCUACACUCUUCGGAGUUGUUGAAAAAGGCCAAAAAAUUGGGAUUUAACGUUGAGAAGGAAGAGGUCCUGACAUCGGGGGGCUUAGUGGUAAAAUACCUGAAAGAACGCGGCAUAGAGGGGAAGGUGCUUGUAUGCGGCAGCAAAGGUUUGGAGCUGGAGGUACAGGACGCGGGUUUUAACACUGACAUCGAAAACCGAGAUCCAGAAGGAAAUAAUGCCCUAGAGCACGCCAUGAAUACCAUUAAAGAUCCGGAAGUUCGUGUUGUGCUGGUUGGACAGGACGAACAAAUGGACUCCAGGAAAAUGAUCGUAGCCUGUAACUAUCUUCUCAACACAGAAAUUCUCUUCCUGGCCACGGGCAUGGAUAAUUUUGCCAAUGCGGGUGAAUACCGGAUACCUGAUGCUUACUGCAUGGUGCAAGCCAUCGAAUCUGUAAACCAUCGAAAACCGAUUAUAUUGGGCAAGCCGAACCCCCAAAUAUUAGGAGAUUUGGCCUCCGAACUAAAACCAGAAAGUACACUCGUCAUAGGAAACUCGUUGAAGUCUGACAUCCUUUUUGCCAACUUGUGUAAAUUUCAAUCUCUACUGAUUGGCUGCGAAAACGGAAAGCUAACCAAAAUCUUCAAAAUUAUAAAGGAGAAGGAUGCAUCCAAAAUGGAUCUAGUUCCGGAUACUUUUCUGUCCACCUUGUCCCCAAUCCUGGGAUUCAUGUGCACCAAAGUUAAAACCGAUGACGAUAAAAAGAAAAAAAGCUGAACAUAGCGAGUGAUUAGCAACAACAACGAAACUAAGUAUCCCUUAAGGUAGCGAAGAAAUAAUUUUACAUUUGGCGCUCAUGACUUUACAAUACGGACUUCUUUGCUGCGGUAUAUCAAAAAAUUUCAUUUUAUUAGAGAAUCUAGGUCCAUACUAAUUUUAAAUAUAAAUUUUACUGUGUAACACUUGUUAUAUAUUUUAUUUUUUGGGGAAACUGAAGCAGAUUAAGGAUUCAUUACCCAAGGAUUCUUAUUUUGGAGCUUAGCAACACUAAAAAUUCUCAGCAGCGCCACCUAGCGUGGUGUAGUCUAACCCAAUCCUAAAAGCAUUUUCCAACACUCAGAUAAGUACAAUCGACAACGGGCACUUCCCAACACUCUCAUAAGUACAAAGAAAGAAAAACAAAAUGUUCUCUGCAAAAGCUGCGCUCGCUUAAAUUUAUAUUUUGGCCCCACAAUUUGGCCCGUG